UAAGGUUUUUGGACAACUUUAUUCACUUAAAUUUCUAAUCCCAGCAUCAUGGCAUUUGCUGCUUUAUCAAUUACAGAAGCAUCCGUAUUGAUACACGUAUCAGCAAGGAAUGCAUCGCCAUAUACAGUAUUGCUGUAUUGAUGUUUUGAGCACAGCCAUAUUUAAAGCCUUGUUCCAUGUGCCCCUUUUAUACUUCGAGCACCUGCCCCUUUAAAGGUCUCACAGCUUUUCACAGCAAACCAAUGGUAGAGACCUGUCGUUUCCAUGACAACAUGCGAGGAACGUGAUUGGUCGAGAAGGCUCAAGCUCUAAAAAAUAAAAUGGCGGCCGAAACGCCCGUUGGAGGAUAGUUUUGUAUAAAUGUAAGUUUAAUUUUCACUUUCAGCAACUUCUGAUUGCAUUUCUAGCGAGAAAUAAGUAAUGUAGUUUUUAAAUAUGUGAUUAGGUAUUGCAAGACGAACUCUGUUUCUAAUUCAAAUAGACUUCUGUUACGCUCUGUUUCUCUGGGCUGCCUCCGAAGUCAUGGCGUUCUGCUGAUAUUUGUAUUUUUUUACUAAAAAAGCGCCUUUGUCAACUUUUUCUUGUUAAAAAAGAAGUAAUGUCUGAACAUGGCCUAAGCCUGUUUUACCAGUGUUACAGUGAUACUGUAAAUAAUAAUAAUACUUCAAAGUGUUAAUAGUUUUAGUCAAACAAUAUAAAAAGACCCGAUCCCUCGACGCCCGUGAAACUUUUCUCCCCCAAACAGCAAACAUCGAUUCAAGAAGUGAACAAGCACCUUUGUUUAUAUUGCUGUGUGUAGAAGUAACAUUAGCUGCAGCUAACGUCACGUCACGUCAGUUCAGAGCAGGCUACACACACAACAGCCGCAUGCUCUCUUCGCGGCGUUCUUGUGAAAUACUACUACUUGGUUAUAAUAAUAAUAAUAAAUACACCAAGGAGUAAACAAGCACACCGCUCCCCUGAAAACACCACUUACCCGGCAGCCGCGAACAGUCUGUAGAUCCUGGAAAUGCGCUAAGGCGUCUGAACGUGAGGAGUCCUCCCAGAUGAGGUCAUCAGGUGAAAGGUCAUCACGUGAGUCAUUUAUUUAGGGUUAAAUUAUUAUUCAUUAAUUUUACUAAUAGUUAGAUUGAGCUGGGCUUCACAAAUGGCCUUUUAUUACAAAAAAUAUAUAUUUUUUGCCUUGACAAAAGGGCACUUUCGGCAUUACGACCCAAAGAGGCAGGUGCUCAAGCAGACUGUAAAAGUCAUACAGGUUUAAAGGCGCAGUUCUUGAAAAUCAGCAGCCACUGGCGUUGUAUUAUACUCUGAGUCAUUUGCUCACCCCUCCCUUUCGAAGUACGACGGUGGCCGCAGCAGUAAAAAAUGAUGUCGUCUACUGAGACAGCGGAUAGCAGUGAUACAAGCAAUUAUGUUUCUUUACAAAGGUUACCACAGCGAGCAGGAUGCAGUUCAUGGCCGGACCUGAUGGUAGAGCGGAGACCUGACAAGAGCUGAGAUGAUAGAGCUGGAUAAAGAAGGACGCGGUCUCUUGACACAUCUUCACCACAAAAUUUCAAAUGCUAUUAGAUUAUUAAUGAUAAUCUUAAAUCUGUAAUUUACCUUAUCAGUAAGUUUAUUUAGCCUUGUUGUGCAAGCACUGUCAAGCUUGUGCAGAGGCAGCAGCUUUUGCCAGAGGGGAACUGGAAUCCCAUGGUUGGGCCUGGGUUCUCCUGAGUUUUUUUUCUCGAUUGGUAUUCUCUCUCUCUCUCUCUCUCUCUCUCUCUCUCUCUCUCUCUCUCUCUCUCUCUCUCUCUCUCUCUCUCCCUCUCUCUCUCUCUCUCUCUCUCUGUCAGGUUUCAGCUGUAGUCAGUUGAUUUCUCUUUACUCUUUGCUUGCUCGACUGAAGAUCAUUUGAGAUCAAGAUCAUUUGAAAACAAAUCAUUCAGAAUAUUUCAAAUGGCUGUUUUAAUAUAUCACAGGUUAUAAACAUCAUUGCAGACGUGAGAAACGGCUUGAAGAGUGUUACAAUGGUGUGUUUUCUGUUAGAGUCAUUCACACAUCCGUGUGUUUAACAUACAUUGUGCAGUGUAAGUAACACACACAUCAGCACUGCUGUGUAAGUCUCACACACAAACACAUCACAACAGAGGAACCAUCAGUGUGUCUUCCUCUUUCUCACUGACACUUUAUAAAGACAAGCAGAGCAGUACAAGAGUCUCUCUCUAUCUCGCUCGUCUUCAUCAUCAUCAUCGUUCACUGGGAUGCUGGUGUUAAAGGUUGUGUUGGUUCUUCUGUGUGUGUCUCUGGUCUGUUCUGAGAUCAGACAUUUGACUGAUCAAUGGAUUACCUGGAAAUCACAACACAAGAAGACCUACAGGAACACAGAGGAGGAGUUGUACAGGAAAUCCGUCUGGGAGAAAAAUCUUCAAGAUGUUCUGAAACAUAAUGAAGAAACAGCCAUUGGUCUCCACACAUACACACUGGGUCUCAAUCACCUCAGUGACAUGACAGUGGAUGAAGUCAAUCCUUCGCUUAAUGGUUUGAUGGAGGAAGAUUUUUAUGAUGUCAACGUAACAUUCACCCCCCCGACACACCCCCACCUGCCCCUCCCACACAGAGUCAACUGGACAGAGAGAGGAGCGGUCAGCCCCAUCCAAAACCAGGGCCCGUGUGGCUCGUGUUGGGCGUUCAGUGCUGCUGGUGCUCUGGAGGCUCAGAUGAAGAUGAGAACUGGAGUUCUGGUGGCGUUGAGUGCUCAGAAUCUGUUGGACUGUAGUGUAAGUUUAGGGAACCGCGGCUGUAGGGGCGGAUACUUGAGUCGAGCCUUUCUCUACAUCAUCCAGAACAACGGCAUCGACUCCAACAACUUCUACCCAUAUGAACACAAGCAGGGUUUGUGUAGAUAUUCUGUGACGGGGAGAGGAGGAUUCUGUUCAGCGUUCCGGAUUCUUCCACGUCACGAUGAGGCGGCGCUUCAGUUAACUGUCGCUAAUGUUGGACCUGUUUCUGUCGGUGUGAACGCCAAACUCGCUUCCUUCCACCGAUACAGAGGAGGUAUCUAUAAUGAUCCAAAGUGCAGUUUUGGGCUGAUCAAUCAUGCGGUUCUUGUGGUGGGUUACGGCUCAGAACACGGACAAGAUUACUGGCUGGUGAAAAACAGUUGGGGGACGGCCUGGGGUGAAAAUGGAUUUAUCCGCAUAGCACGAAAUAAAAACAUGUGUGGAAUAUCCAGCUUUUCCAUUUAUCCCACAAUAUGAACUUCUCUCUCAUGAAAUCAUGUAAUGAGUAUCUGUCUCUCUCGUGUUCGCGUCUGUGGUUUGAGUCGACUCUCAGAAACUCAGAAGCCUUUAGCAGAUACAAACAUGAAGGAUGUUUGUCGGUGUGUUAAAUUAAAUGUGUGUACUGCUCUGAACAGAAGAAAACACAUUCUGUCUGUCUGAGCAUCAUACAGAUGAUCUCAAAACUCAUGUACACAUGAUUUCAUCAUCAGAUAUCGUCACAGAUAUUGAUCUUAUGGGAGAAAAGGGUUUUAAUGCACGACGUGGAGGCCAAGAACCACCUGACGCGAAGGGCAUUAAACUCCUUUAACGCACGGCUAGCUGUGGAUUAUCCCGCUUAUACCACGGCCAUUUGCCGAGUUAAAGCUGUUAUUGAUGUUUACAGGUGAAAAUUACAGUUAUUUUGUCAGUUAAUUUCAAAUGUAAACAAAGUGACAGGA